AUGAUGGAAGAACUUUCGUCGGGGUCGUCCGACUAUGCGGCGAGCACAUGGAUUGCGUGGUUCCUCUCCACAAAAGGCAACGAAUACUUUUGCGAGUUGGACGAGGACUACAUUCUGGACCGCUUCAACCUGACGGGUCUCAAUACCGAGGUGCAGCACUACAUGCAUGCGCUGGACCUGAUUACCGAUGCGCUGGAUGAGCAACUGGACGACGACCAGCGCGAGCAGAUCGAGACGCAGGCGCGCAUCCUGUACGGCCUGAUCCAUGCGCGCUACAUUAUCACGACGCGGGGCCUCGCCAAGAUGCUGGAAAAGUACAAGCACGCCGACUUUGGGCGCUGUCCCCGCGUGCUGUGCUACCAGCAGCCGCUCCUCCCGGUGGGCCUGUCCGAUCUACCCUUUCGCAGCCCGGUGAAGCUGUACUGCCCCCGGUGCGAAGAUUUAUACAGCCCCAAGAGCUCGCGGCACGGCUCGAUCGACGGCGCGUUUUUCGGCACCUCGUUCCCUCAUAUGCUCUUCAUGGUAUACCCCCACAUGGUGCCGGUCAAGACGGCGACGGGCGGCCCCCAUCCGACCGCGAAGCAGUCCUAUGGCGGAAUUUCCGCCGACGUGCUGCACCAGCGUGCGCUCGCGCUCGAGCAAAACAACUCGCUCACCCACUCACAGAUGGACGAGGUGAGCAGCGAGACCGCGUCGAACCCGCCGAGCGAGGCGCGCGUCGGCCACGCGUCCAACGCCGACUCGGGCACCUCGUCGCCGCUGCCGAACAAGCCCGCAGUGCCCGACGUGGAACGCGUCGUGCCGCGCAUCUUUGGUUUCCCGGUGCACGAAACGAGCCGUCUGAUGGCCUGGCAGGAGAAGAAGCAGCAGCAGCAGGUGGGGCGCAUCGCGCGGUUCCGGCAAAAAACCGAAGGGGGCAAGACGAGUCUCUAG